CAGAAAGCCUGUCCGAUACAGCGUCUGCUGCCACUUCAAGCCACUUUGCUUGUCUUUCGUCUCUUCACUCAACCAUUCCUGCAUUUUCUUCUUUUCAUAUUGUCGAAAAGGUUGUGAAUGUGUCUACAUCUUUAUGAGAUAUUGUGAAUUGUUUCUUUGAUACUGAUUUAAAAUAAACAAACAAAAAUUAUCUGCACAUCUUGGAUAGAUUGCUUUGACUCUGAGAACUCAACAUCAUGGAUAAAAGUUUGAGGUGACAAUCAAUAAAAUCCAUAUAUAAUAACCAGCGGACUAAUUUAGUAUCAUCUACGUCUUAUUCAAGGUAUUUGAGGUACACGUACAUCAAGCCACAAAAAAAUCUCUAAGUCUUCUCGAGAAAGCAACCAUAACCAAUUCUUGGAUGAGACACUAGUAGCAUUAGUGAUGGAUAGUGCCAGUAGCAGCUAACAGACUCUGUGCGCAAUAUUUAUUGAUGAUGCAAAAGACCACAUCUGGCUUAUACGAAGGACAUUCAGUAUAAUUGCAGAAAAUGAAGUAGCAUUCUGAGAAGCUAGGGAAAAUGAAAAGAUAACUUGUCUUCAAAACUCGCGUAAAUGUACAAUGAAAUUAACAUUCAUGCUCAGCCUGAAGAACUUUUAUUGAAUUGAACAAUUUGAAGAGCACUGCCAUAGUACAAUUGCUGGUGGUGCGAUUAACACCUAUAAAGUCAACAGAUCUAAAAGGUCUUCAACAUGGCAAAUUUUGCUUCAGAAGAGACAGUGACAUACACUGAAACUGUGGACUAUGUAGAAUUACUAAACUCAAGCGAUGAUUGGGUUAGCACAAACAAUGUGACUGAGAGGGAGGCCAUAGAAAUCACAGUAGCCACAGUGUUACUCAGUAUCGGACUGGGGAUCAUCAUCUUAGGGACAAUCUUUGGAAACGCAUUGACGCUCACAGCAAUCUCCAAACAUAGACCCCUCCAGACACCACAGAACUACUUGAUAGCUUCUUUGGCCGUUGCUGAUCUGAUGGUGGCUAUCCUGGUCAUGCCUCUGAGCUUGACAAAGGAGAUUGUGGUAGUGUGGAUAUUUGGUCCCAUUCUCUGUGAUGUAUGGAUCUCCUUGGAUGUUAUCCUCUGCACUGCCAGCAUCCUAAGCCUCUGCAUGAUAUCCCUUGAUCGCUUCUGGGCCAUCACGCAACCUGUUAAGUAUCCAAAGUACCGGACGGCGAGAACCAUGCUGAUACUCAUUGCUUUUGUAUGGAUCCUCUCAACUAUCAUUUCUACCUCACCUUUCUUUGGCUGGCAGGGCAAUCAGAGCAUUGACACAAACACAUGCCAGAUCAGCCAAAAUAUCCCCUUCACCAUUUUCUCCACCUUCGGUGCCUUUUUCAUCCCCAUGACAAUUAUGAUGAUUGUCUACGCAAGGAUUUACUGUGAGGCACGCAAAAGAAUCCGCGGUAGGGCAAUGAACGGCAGAAGCCAACCUUUAACGAGUGCAGUGAAUUUUCGUGAAACAACAAACUAUCAAGAUGCAACACACUCUCCAAGAGGUUCAGAUGAUCUAAAAGAAACUCCUGUAAUCAAAUGUGACCCAGCAUCUGAUGGUCAUAAAGGUUUAGCCUUCCAUGGGUCAAUGACCCCAACCUUGUUAGCAACAUCAGCCCCAAACCUUCAAAACCAACAGAACAGGGGCAAGGAAGAAAAGAAAGCUACAUUAACAUCACUAACUGUACCAGGUCAGCACAGAACAACCACUACCUCGGUAUCCCUCGGCGAGAUCAACGGCAACGACAGCCCUUCAUCUCAACGCAGUCUCCUUUCAUCUCCUGGUGGCCUCUCUGGUCAAAUACAGGAGAGGGAGCGCAAGAGACGUGCCAUGGCUACUGCCAGAGAGCAUCGUGCCACCAAGACUCUUGGGAUAGUCACUGGAGCUUUUCUGGCAUGCUGGCUACCAUUUUUCUUAAAUGCUUUAAUUGUGCCACUCUGUAAAGAUGCGUGUUACCUCCCUCGGUUAUGGGGAAGUAUCUUCCUAUGGCUCGGUUAUUUCAAUUCCAUGCUUAACCCUAUCAUAUACACCAAGUUUAACAGAGACUUUCAGAGAGCAUUUAAGAAACUUCUGCACUGUAAAGAGAACAAAUCUAAGUAUUAAGCAGCUAGAUAUUCAUCGAUCUCCUUUAUCAAAUCUUGCCUGAACACAUAUAGUGUUGUACUGCUUAAUCGAACUACUUGAAUGAAUUCUGCAUUAGCCAACAAUGCUCACCAUCUUCUAAAGAGCAGUUAGUUUCUUUCAAUCAUUAUCAUCAGAAUAGCUAACAAAGGAGAGAGCUCAAUGCAUGUGCUUAUUAACAACACCCUGAACAAGACAUUGGGAAAUAUGCCCUGCACUGAAUCUCUUUUGAAACAAUGGCAACAUGGACCAAUUUCCAGAAGCAAAUCCUGUGACAAAAAUAUCAUUGAGCUAUGCACUGUUCUAUAUGAUAUAUUCCAACAUGCAUUCCUUGAAAGAAUCUAUAAAGGCUCAUGUGUUCCCUCCAAUGAGAUCAAGGGAGUGUUUCACAAUAUGAAUUGUCAAAGAUUUUUUUAACAAACAUGUUAUAUGCUUCUGAAUUAUAGCAUCUGACAAGGUGAGGGAAGCUUAGUCUGUGCAAAUCACUCAAAAGACAUGCAAUGAAAUACUCCCUGUAUUCAGUAUAGGAGGGAACAGAAUUCUUUGAAGAGCCCAGCAACAUCUAAUAUCGAAUUCACACUAUAUAGGAAUUGAUUUCUGCCAGGUACCUAUCUACCUCACCCGGGUUGAGUGCAGCAAAAUGAGGAUUUUUUUUUUGCUGAAGGAAAUUAUGCUAUGGUUGGGAUUUGAACCCAUGACCCUCUGUUACAAAGUCCUGAGACUAAUCCACUUGGCGACAAUGCUCCACACUGUCACUUUCUUGCCUAUGAUCAUUCAUGAAAUACAUGUAUGUUUAUUAGUUUUAUAUUAUUACCAUGCUUUAGAAAAAGAACAGUGUUACCUUUUUAUCUUAUUUCAUUUUUUGCUGAAUGGUAUGGGCUACUCAAAAUCCUAGUUACAAAAUUGAUCUUACAUAUUUGCUUAUACUUGUACAAAGAUUGUCUGAAAAUAAUGGCUCUCAUAUGAAGAUCUGAUUUAAUAUGAAAAGAUGCACCCUAACAGUAUAUCAUGUUUUAUAAAAAAAAAAUCAUAUAGAACAUUGAAUUACAUUAGAACCAGCUGGCAGGUUAAAUUGGUAUACACAUUAAGCAAUUUAAGAGGGAAUAUUUAUAUGUAGUCAAUAUAAUAUUGUUUUGAAAA